AUGGACGGACCAAAAAAUGUCAGAGAUCUUUGCAGAAAAGUGAAGGACGAGCUUUCGUUCAGAAAAGAGGUGAAGGGUAUUGACUUCGAGAAGGAAUGGGACUUCAUGGAAAUAAUAAAGUCUUUUGAAACGACUGGGUUCCAGGGGACAAAUCUAUACAAGGCAAUUGAGGAGAUUGAAAGGAUGAGAGGCUCGAAGAUAUUUUUUGGAUGCACCAGCAACAUAAUCAGCUCUGGACUCAGAGAUAUUAUUGCCACGCUUGUCAAGAGGAAGUAUGUCCAUGUACUUGUGACUACAGGAGGAGGAAUAGAGGAGGACUUGAUUAAGACAUUCAAGCCGACCUUCUGUGGGGAUUUCAACCUUAAGGGAAAGGACCUCCGAGACAACGGGUUGAACCGAAUAGGAAACCUUGUAAUCCCAAGUGAAAACUAUGAAGACUUCGAGACGUGGCUGAACGAGGUUGUAAACGACAUAACCGAGGGAUAUACAAAGGAACAUCCAAGAAUACUGACGCCAUCGUCAUUCAUAAAAAUCCUUGGAGAAAGAAUAAAUAACGAGUCUUCGGUGCUCUACUGGGCUGCAAAGAAUAACAUACCUGUAUACUCUCCAGCAGUUACCGAUGGAUCAAUUGGAGAUAUACUAUCAUUCCAUCCAAGAAGAAAUAUGCUGAAGCUGGAUAUUGUCGAGGAUACAUAUCGGAUGAACUGUGAAGCUGUUUUUAAUGGGGAAACAGGGGCCAUCAUACUUGGAUGUGGGAUUGUUAAGCAUCACAUCCUCAAUGCUAAUCUAUUCAAGAACGGGCUUAAUUACUGUGUCCUAAUCAACAAUGCUCAGGAGUUUGAUGGAAGUGAUGCAGGAGCCAAUAUAGAUGAGGCAGUUAGCUGGGGAAAGAUUAAAUCCGAAGCAAAGGGAGUGAAGGUGUUUGGUGAUGCAACAAUCUUGUUUCCCCUGGUUGUAGCAGCCACAUUUAUGAAGCAGGACAAAGCCUGCCCGGAAAGAUAA